GGUGUCAGCGGUGACCCAGCAGACCUGGAACGUCGAUAUCAAGCUUUUGGCCGGAACUUCAUUCCCCCAAAGAAGCCAAAGACGUUCCUGGAGCUGGUGUGGGAGGCUCUGCAGGACGUCACCCUCAUCAUCUUGGAGGCCGCUGCCAUCAUUUCCCUCGGUCUCUCCUUCUACCAGCCGCCUGGGAAGGAAAGCGAAUUGUGUGGGGAAGUCAGUUCUGGAGCAGAGGAUGAAGGGGAGGCUGACGCAGGCUGGAUCGAGGGCGCGGCCAUCUUGCUUUCUGUUGUAUGUGUUGUCCUGGUGACGGCGUUUAACGACUGGUCCAAAGAAAAACAAUUUCGAGGUCUGCAGAGUCGGAUUGAGCAAGAACAAAGGUUUGCUGUGGUUCGCAAAGGAAACGUCAUCCAGAUUCCGGUGGCCGACAUGGUGGUGGGAGACAUGGCUCAGGUCAAAUACGGUGACCUUCUUCCUGCUGACGGUAUCUUGGUCCAAGCCAACGACCUGAAGAUCGACGAAAGCUCCCUGACAGGAGAGUCUGACCAUGUCCGCAAAUCUGUGGACAAGGACCCCAUGCUGCUCUCAGGUACCCAUGUGAUGGAGGGCUCAGGCAGGAUGCUGGUAACAGCCGUAGGCGUCAACUCACAGACAGGCAUCAUCUUCACCCUGCUUGGUGCAGGAGACGUAGAGGAGGAGGGAAAAGAAAAGAAAGAGGACAGUUCUCAGUUACCCGUCGCUACAGAUGCUGCUAACAGCACAGUCACCAAUGGAAAACAAGCUGAUGGAGCUGUGGAGAACAAUCAGAAUAAAGCCAAGAAGCAGGAUGGGGGAGUUGCUAUGGAGAUGCAGCCCUUAAAGAGCGCAGAGGGAGGAGAAGUGGAGGACAGAGAGAAGAAGAAGACCAGCGUUCCAAAGAAGGAGAAGAGCGUGUUGCAGGGGAAGCUGACCAAACUGGCCGUUCAGAUUGGCAAAGCAGGUUUGGUGAUGUCAGCCAUCACUGUCAUCAUUCUAGUGCUCUACUUUGUCAUAAACACGUUUGUUGUCAAAGGUCGCACGUGGCUUCCAGAAUGCACUCCCAUUUACGUCCAGUAUUUUGUCAAGUUCUUUAUAAUCGGAGUGACGGUGCUGGUGGUGGCCGUCCCAGAAGGCUUACCUCUCGCUGUCACCAUCUCUCUGGCCUACUCUGUCAAGAAAAUGAUGAAGGACAACAACCUAGUACGGCAUCUGGAUGCAUGCGAGACCAUGGGCAACGCCACGGCCAUCUGCUCCGACAAGACCGGCACGCUCACCACCAACCGGAUGACUGUGGUCCAGCUUUACGUAGGUGAUGCUCACUAUCGUGUGAUCCCAGACCCUGGACAGGUCAGCCCUCACACUCUGGAUCUGCUGGUCAAUGCCAUCGCCAUCAACAGCGCCUACACCUCCAAGAUCUUACCGCCGGAUGUGGAGGGAGGUCUCGCCAAGCAGGUGGGGAAUAAAACAGAAUGCGGCCUUCUGGGAUUGAUCUUAAACCUUCAGCGGGACUACGCCACCGUCAGAGAGCAGAUUCCAGAGGAGAAACUCUACAAGGUUUACACGUUCAACUCGGUGCGUAAAUCUAUGAGUACUGUAAUCAAGCUGCCUGAUGGGACCUUCCGCCUCUACAGCAAAGGAGCUUCUGAGAUAAUGCUGAAGAAGUGUUCCUACAUCCUGGAUGCCAACGGAGAAGCUCGCAGCUUCCGUCCACGCGACAGAGAUGAAAUGGUCAAACAGGUGAUUGAACCCAUGGCCUGUGAAGGGUUGAGGACCAUCUGCAUAGCUUACCGUGAUCUACCACCAAAUCCAGAGCCAGAAUGGGACAACGAGGCUGAGAUAGUGACUGAGCUGACCUGCAUAACCGUAGUGGGGAUAGAGGACCCUGUGCGGCCUGAGGUGCCGGAAGCCAUCCGGAAGUGUCAGCGCGCCGGCAUCACGGUGCGAAUGGUAACCGGUGACAACAUCAACACAGCGAGGGCCAUCGCUGCCAAGUGUGGUAUAAUCAACCCUGGAGACGACUUCAUCUGUCUGGAGGGGAAAGAGUUCAACCGACGAAUCAGGAACGAGAAAGGGGAGAUUGAACAGGAACGCAUCGAUAAAAUCUGGCCCAAACUGCGCGUUUUGGCUCGAUCCUCUCCGACAGACAAGCACACACUGGUUAAAGGCAUCAUUGACAGCCUUGCUGUGGAACAGAGGCAGGUUGUUGCAGUAACAGGAGACGGGACUAACGACGGACCCGCUUUGAAGAAGGCUGACGUGGGCUUUGCUAUGGGUAUCGCAGGGACAGACGUGGCCAAAGAGGCGUCCGACAUCAUCUUGACUGAUGACAACUUCAGCAGUAUCGUCAAGGCAGUGAUGUGGGGACGAAACGUCUACGAUAGCAUCUCCAAGUUCCUGCAGUUCCAGCUCACAGUCAAUGUAGUGGCUGUCAUCGUGGCCUUCACCGGCGCCUGCAUCACCCAGGAUUCUCCUCUGAAGGCGGUGCAGAUGCUUUGGGUGAAUUUGAUCAUGGACACGUUUGCCUCCCUCGCUCUGGCUACCGAGCCCCCCACUGAGGCCCUGUUGCUACGGAAACCCUACGGGCGAAACAACCCGCUCAUCUCUCUCACCAUGAUGAAGAACAUCCUGGGCCAUGGGGUCUACCAGCUGGUCAUCAUCUUCACUUUGCUCUUUAUAGGCGAGCGCAUCUUUAACAUCGACAGCGGCCGCAACGCGCCUCUCCAUUCCCCCCCCUCUGAGCAUUACACAAUCAUCUUCAACACCUUCGUCCUCAUGCAGCUUUUCAAUGAGAUCAACGCUCGCAAGAUCCACGGAGAGAGAAACGUCUUUGACGGCAUCUUUGCCAACCCCAUCUUCUGCUCCAUUGUUUUGGGGACCUUUGCAGUGCAG